CGGCCGCCAGGUCGGCUGGUUGUCAUUGGGCUCCGAGGAGCAGAGGCGGCGGCAGGGAGCAGGAGGAGCUGGUGUCCGGCACAGUCAUGGCUGGCUCGCUGGUGCGGAAAGCAGCAGACUAUGUCCGGAGCAAGGAUUUCCGGGACUACCUCAUGAGUACGGUAAGAAAAUUCUUCCUAUCCAUGUUGGGCUUUUGCAGACUUUCUGCAUUAACAGGGUACAGACCACAGAUAUGGCACCCUCUGACUGAGACAGCCUCUCAGCCAGUGAGCGGCAGGUGCAGGCGACUCUCUGCCCUGCUCCUGGCUUUAGAAAGGAUUUUCUGUUUUAAGUUGUCAAUUUUCUUUGCUUUAAUAUUUUCGGCAGCCCUCUGUUGCUAUUCUUUGAUAUUUAUGAGAUUUGCCUACAAGGUGCAGCCUCGAAACUGGCUUCUGUUCGCAUGCCAUGCAACAAAUGAAGUAGCCCAGGUCAUCCAGGGAGGACGGCUUAUCAAAUAUGAGAUGUCUAAAAAGGCAUCUGCAUAACAAGGGAAAUGAAGAACUGGCUUUUAAAGGGACAGCAUCACCAGCUACGCUGCUGAGUCACAGAUUCCAUCAUCACAGUCUUGCUAGGGAAAAUAACGCUGAACGCUAUUUUUACUAACCGUACUAUUUUUAUAGAGAUAGCCGAGAGUCUGUAAACUAACUCUCUGCUGCCUUACUGAAUAUUUUACUUCUCUUCAUAAAGAGUAGCUCAAAAUAUGCAAUUAAUUUAGUAACUUCUGAUGAUGGUUUUAUCUGCAGUAACAUGUAUAUUAUCUAUUAAAAUGUACUCAGUGAAAAACUGAAGAAAACAAAAUUUGUAACUACUAGCAAUUAAGUUCUCAGAACUCUGGACUUUUUCAUUAAUGACAGCAAGACAACCAACAGCUGGCCACAACCUAAAUUCUUAUCCCUGGUGUUUAAAAAUGUUAUCUGUGUAUUUCCAUGCAGUGUGUAUAUUGAGAUGCUGUAACUUAAUGGCAAUAAAUGAUUUAAAUAUUUGUUAAAUUAGUAUGAUUAAAUAUCUUGCUACAGUUGCUAG